AUGUGGAUGUCCCCACGGCCUUCGCGUACAUCCUCUGAUGGCGAGAUUUACGUCAUACGGACCUUCAUCACCCGCAUGCAGUCGCUCCACGUUGACUCUGUCCAGCGCUGGAUGGAGGACCUCCGCCACAUGACGGAGGUGGAGUGUAUGUGUGUCCUCCAGGCCAAACCCAUCGGGGUGGAGGAGGACGCCCAGCAGGGAGAGCUGAUUGUGGCCGCCGGGGUUGGCGCAGGCGACCACGUGGCCAGGAACAACCUGCAGACGUUGCUCCGCCGGGCGCUGGUGGUCAGCACGGAGCUUGGCAAGAUGUUCCAGCGACUGGAGAAGGGACGCUGGCAGAGGGUCCACAGCACUGCCGUGAGGGCGAACUGCCACGUGCGCUCACUGGUGCACGAGUACAGCGCCGCCCGAAGCACACCGCCUGAGAUGCAGAAGUAUGAGCAAUCUCUGCUGGAAAAGUGUCUGGAGCUGACCAAUAUUACAGAGAGGUGCCUUCACACUGAUGACGAGUUCUUCCUGAAGUCCAUGAGGGAGGCCAUCCACGAGAUCCUUACGGACGUCAGCGAUUCCUUCAGCAACAUGAUCGACAUGGCUCUAGCCAAUGAGAUCCGGCUCCUGAUCAAACAGAUCGACUCAUCGGACAGCGUUCACUCGAUCGGCAGUGCCAUCAGCAACCUGCUGUCCCUCACCCAGGACGGACCACAGCUCUGCAGCAUCAUUGCCAAGGAAGGAGCUGUGGUAGUCCUGUUUAAGAUCUGCAGGCAGGACCGCUUCAGAGACCUCUACGCUCACGCUCUGAGAACAGUGGCCUCCAUCUGCUGUGUGGAGGAGGGCAUCAACCAACUGGACAAGGUGGACGGGAUCCUCUGUCUGGCGGACAUCCUGACCGACGAGAGCAGCGUGGAAGCAGCCAGGGCCGAGGCAGCGGCGGUCGUGGCUCAGAUCACGUCGCCUCACCACACGUCCACACAGCACCUCGCCAGCUUCCUGGAGAGCAUGCACGACAUCGUCACCGCGCUCAUCAAGUUGUGCGAGAGCGCCUCCUGUGGUGAAGUGUUCCUCCUGGCAUCUGCAGCCUUGGCCAACAUCACCUUCUUCGACAGCAUGGCCUGUGAGAUUCUCCUGCAGCUUAAUGCCAUCCACAUCCUGCUGCAGGCCUGCAGGGACCGCCAGAGAGUCAACACACCCUACUCCAAAGACCAGGUGGUGACAAUCUUGGCAAACCUGUCAGUUUUAGAGCAGUGUGCCCCUGAAGUCCUGCAAGACCAAGGAAUAGAGCGACUGCUGCUGCUGCUGGCAGAAAAGCCGACCUCCCCGAGUCCAUCAGAGGGUGCCGCCUGUGAGCGCGUUCAGCAGAAAGCUGCUGUCACCCUGGCUCGUCUGAGCAGAGACCCUGACGUGGCCCAAACAGCCAUCCAGCUGAAAGCUGUUCCUCGUCUUAUCGAGCUGUGUCGCUCCCCUACUGAGAGAAAUAACAGCGACUCAGUGCUGGUCGCUUGCCUGGCUGCCUUGAGGAGGCUGGCAGCGGGGUGUCCAGACAGCAUCGAGGCAGCCGACCACCAGCAGCUGAUUAAACCGCGGCUGGUCGACUCUUUCCUGCUGUGCUCCAACAUGGAGGAGAGCUUUGUAUGACGGCCUGCAAAGUGAACACUGAUAGCGGAGAGCUGAACUCAUGUACAACAUCAUUCACACAUACUGUCCAUGACACAGCGAGUACUAACGAGCGGCUUCACUCCAGAACAUUGCAUUUAUUUCCUGACUGGAGCUUUGGUUUGUCUCUUCCUGUGUGUCCUGAGAAUAUUUUUGUUGUCCAAAUGUUGUACUGGACAUCAUGAAUUUGGGCGAAUGGAGUGAAUUUGUCAGUUUGGAUGGAUGCAAAAGACAUCUAAAUGUACAUCCAUGUGUUGCUUAUAGUGCUUCUCAGUGACCACAUUAAAUGCAAUGAAUGUGUACAGUGUUCCAGAAAAAAGGUAAUUUGUUUAUUGUAUUCCACUGGGAAUUUAAUAUUGGUAGUUCUAUAAUUAUUUUGUACGAGUAGGUGCUACUUUUUGGAAAUGAAAGUAUAAACUGUUCUGGAAUGAAAACACUUUUUUUUUGUCACCGCUGUGCAAUUUCUUUGUGCAAUGUCUGAAGAUGUUGUAUCCGAAGCAUGUCGGCUAUCUGACAACAAAGAAAGAUCCUUCGAGUGGAUAACACAGCAAAAUGCCUCUGACACAAAUGAUCAUCUGAAGCAUUUAGUGUUUGAGUACAAAGAUGUCGGUCUGGUGAAAUUCUUUCAUUGUCGGUCUGUUUGAAGAAAUGUUGUGUUUUUUAUGUUUUCAACUAACAGCCACUUUAUUUGGACCAUUUGCAACUAAAUUAUUACUAAUUAUUACGAUUGCUAUUUCAUCUUUUCAGUUUAUUUGAGUACCUUAAUUGACAGGGCACUAGUAGUAUUUAAAAUGUAUGACUGAGUGUGGCAACACGAUCUAUUUAUACUGGUGUACAAUUUAUUGUUUUGUUAAAGCGCAUUGUAUGGUAUGUUGUUAUUCUCUUGCCAUUAAUGUCAAAUAUUAUAUUUGCCACUGGAUAAUGAAUCUAUAGAAAUAGCCUUUAAUUUGAGUAUACAAAUGCUUUUUAUUUAAGGAGA